GCGAGGAGGGCAAUUUGCUUGUCACCAGUGUCGGGAUCUCCCGUCAUCGUCAUGGGUCGAUCGCUUGCGCUCCUUGCCGCCGUUCUCCUGCUGCUAACGGUAUUGAUCUUCACUUUUCAAUAUGCGGGGCGGCUGGGCGGGGGCGGGGGAGGGGGCGGGCGCGGGCGCGGGGGCGGAGGCGGAGGCCGAGGCGAUGGGGGCAGGGCAGAAGUAUCCGCAAGAGGAGACCGCGGUGGCGCACAAACGGGACCACGAGCAGCAGCAGCAGCCGCAAAUGAGAAAGUACUGAGGGGGGUAUUCUCAUCCCGACACGAUCUGGACGACGACACGUGUCAUCAUGGUCCUUGCCCGAGUACUCUCCACGGUCGCCACGUGGCAGAGGAUGGAUCAUUGCAGGGCUAUGGGGUAUCCAAUAUGACUAUCACUGAUGGGGUCUUACUUCGUAGCGGUGGGAUCGUUGUGAAGUUUCCGGGAGAGAUCCCUUUCGAGACUUCAAUCAAUGGUUCGGAGGGUUGCCUUGGGAUGAUCGAUGACAUUGUCCUCUCUCCCAAUGGCACUAUGUUGUACUACAGGUUGAUGGAGGCGUGCGUGGACAUCGGAUUGAAAACCAUUACCAAGCUCCGCUUCUCCUUUAGGAAAGUCCCGCUAGGUACGAUUGCCUCGCCGGGAGGUGGAAGCUUGAUUAGUUACUGGUGGCCGGCUGAGAAUGCAAGUGGGAAGGCGGCUCUGUCUGCCUAUGUUGAAGGGGACCCCUUUCGAAGCACACUGAUGGCUUACCUGUUGGGCAGCAUGGAUGUGACCAAGUCUGGCACGCACCUGGUCUUCUUUUCGAGUCAUAUGAGCAUAGGAAAGGAACCGAUGACUUUCCUCGAUGUUGCCGACGGAGAUAGGGUGGCACUCGAAGUAGCGGAUGUGGAGUCGCCGCGGAGCGUAGCGUUCGAUUCUCCUAAGGAGCGUCUGUUUGUCGGCGGGGACACUGCACCUUAUCGCAUUUUCUCUGCCGCCAUGGUCCCUGGCGAUGGCGGUAUUCCCAUGCCAUUCCCUACCUCCUUCGUGCAGGAGGCCAUGUUUCCAAACGGCGGGACGCCGAACAUAACAGAGACGAAGUUCGCGGCGCAAAGCGUGGAUCCCAAGGGGAGGUGUCUCUACUUCAGCGACUCGAAUCGUCAGAUGGUAUGGAGCCUGAACUUAUCCCCAUCAGCAUCCCUAUCAUCAUCAUCAUCAUCAUCAUCAUCAUCAUCAUCGAGAAAUGUGACGAAUGUCGCGGGAUCAGGACAGAUAGCGAAUCAAGAUGGCGAGGGAUUGAGCGCAUCGUCCCAGUCUUUGUCGAAUCCAGUAGUAACUAGAGAUGGUUGCAAUUUGUUCGUCGUCGAUGAUAGUACUCUUCGCUGGAUUACUCUCGAUUCGCCGUGCUCUAGAUGUACUACGGUGAAGUCUGUAGCGACGGGCACGAAACUGAUCAGUUUGACGCUCUUUGACGACGGGAUGAGCGAUCCGAUCCUGUACGUAGGUACGAUGGACGGACAAGUAUUCGAGCUGGAGAUCGAUAGGAGUGCAUUACAUGUAUGUAGUAGUGAGGAGCCCUUCCCGCCAACUCCUAAUACUAGCUCUCAAAGCUCCUCCAUUUCCAGUAGCUCAUCUCCCCUCCUGCCUUCUCCUCCGCAAGCUUUCGAGGAUCGUCGAGAUCCCGUCGUCGUCAUCGUGGCUCCUGUUCUGUGCGGGGCUCUUGUCAUCCUAGUCAUCGCUGGCGUUACAAUCUUUUAUUGUCGGCGGCGCAAUAACCGACCACCGGCACGAGACUCGUUAGAACUACCCACUCAUGACACUUUGUCCUGCGCCAACCUCACUCAAUCCACCAACGUUGUCGUUUCAUCCGGAGGGCCUACCGAUCAUCUCCCCUGCACCCCGCCAUUUUGCAGAUCUCUCCCGCUCUCCGAUCUCCGUUUCUGUACGAAUAAUUUCCAUCAAAGUUAUCGCAUUGGAAGCGCCAAGGGGGCGCUUGGGGAAGCGUACUGGGGUUCGCUCGGAGAACAAGAGGUGGCAAUCAAGAUCGCAGAAGGCCUUCGGUACCUACAUUGUGGCCACGAUCCGAGCGUCAUUCAUCGGCGCGUGAAGAGCAGCAACGUCCUCCUUCGCGACGGCGCGGAGGGGAGCUUGCACGUCGUGCUCGCCGAUUUCGGAACAGCGGCCAUUGCUGAGAGGGUCUUCCAGACGACCAGAGGAAGUGUGGGGACCACAUCCCCGCAGGCGGAGGCACUGGCGGGGACCCGCGGUUACAUUGCGCCAGAGUUCCUCCUGAGAGGGCGGGUGACAACGAAGACCGACGUGUUCGCGUUCGGAGUCAUUGUGUUGGAGUUGUUAACAGGCAAGCCGGACGUUGUGCGCCAAUCUCCGGUGGAUGGGGAGUACCAGACGCUCGCAGAAUGGAUGAGCGGCUUUUCCCCGCAUCCAAACAUGCCUACCAUUCUUGCGACGAUCAUCGACCCGCGCUUGAAGGGUGAAGUGGAGACGAGCAUCGCCAUGAGGAAUGUUGUUAUGGAGUUGGUUGGUCUAGGGAUAGCUUGCUCGCACGCUGAAGACGUGCAAAGGCCAGUCAUGACCGAUGUGUGCGAGCGGUUGAAGGUCAUCAUGAGCGAAGCACAUGGGCGGGCUGUAAGGAGCAACGCCGCAGAUGGCAGACUUGAGCCGUGCGCGGUGGCAAUGGGUGCGAAGAGGCCCGUCGGGUAAGGGUGGGACAGGGAGCACGGGGGCAAAUAGGCCUGUCGGUCGGGUAGGGGUGGGAGAGGAAGGGGCACCCAGGCCUCGAGGAGGAUGAAAUGAGCGCUUCUCGGGGGUUUCCUUCUCUUUCCUGCUUCUUGAAAUAUCAGAUCGUGAGCAAUCUGCUCAUUUCGAAGUUCAAAUUUUCUCUG